AUGUCAUCGGAUGCUAGUGCUAUUCAAUUGUGGCUUAAUGCUACAACUCAACUCAAUCGUUAUUUUUCAAUAUUUAUCUUUAUUUUCGUGUUUGCAUUGAGAACUGUUGCAUAUUGUCUCAUUGCAUUAGCUACCAUCGAUGGAUGGUUAUCAUCAUGCGUCGAUCGUCGUCGACGACAGUGGAGUACAAGAGCCAAUGCUCAACGAGUUGCAAUAAUCAUUUUGAUUUUUUCCUGUUUCCUUUAUGUUCAAAUGUUUUAUAGCUAUGAAGCUAAUCUUAUCAAUGCUCCACUGAGAUGUUAUGGAAAAACAAUAUCCUGUCGUCUCGUAACUGAUUUUAGUUAUGCAUUUGUCGCUAAUAUAUUCCCGCUAUUCAUCAUGCUCAGUUUUAGAAUAAUAACUAUUAUAAAUAUACAUCAAUCUAGACGUCGAACUCAAGCUAUGAAUACAGCCGGUAUAUCAAAAUCAACAGCAAUUAGUCAACAAUGA